GUGCUGUAGCUCUUGCCUGCUAGAGCUGAUUGCUGAGACGGCUCUGAUGCCAAGCUGGCUGAUGCAAAAUUAUCUGCUGUGACAAAGACAAUUUUCAAGUUACACCAUCUUGGAUUGGCGGCUGGUUAGUUUGUGCAGGAUUGCUUUUGGCCCAUAUAUUCUGGCCCACCUCUGAAACACAGACGUACCUGGUCAUUAAUCCUUUAGACUUUCAAGCAAGAUUGUACAGCUGUGGUGUAAUCCAAUAAAGCUGUCCUGCCUUAAGCAAUACAUGGGUCAGCGUUCUCCAUUUGUGGCCCACUCAUAAAUGCGGCUUGCUUGUUGAGCUCAAAAUGGACGACGGGGAUGUGGAAGCAGUGGAAUUUGAAGGCGGACUGACUGCUGCUUUUCUACGAACUGUGACGGGAGCUGAGGACCUGUCCACCGUGUCCUGCUUGGAGCUCUCCGUGAAUGCUGCGGAAGCAUGCCUCUUCGAUGUGGGCCAGUUGGUGCCCCAGUUGCGGGAACUCAAGUUGCUCGACAGCACGCUGCCCCAGAUCCGGGACCUCGGCACGGGCCUAAUGCAGCUGCAGGUCCUCUGGGUGCCACGCUGCGGCCUACAGGAAGUUGAUGGUCUGAGCAGCCUGCCCAAGCUGCGGGAACUGUACGCUGCUUUCAACGACAUUGAGGAUCUGGCGCCUAUCGCAGGCCUGGAGAACCUGGAAAUCCUGGACCUAGAGGCCAACAAGGUAGCCGACCUGGACGGUGUGGCGUUUCUUGGCAUGUGCCCCAAGCUACAAGCAUUGACUCUGGAGGGAAACGAUGUUGCGGCGGCCCCCAACUAUCGAAGCAGCGUGGUAGAGCUCAUACCCACGCUCACUAUGUUGGACGAGCUGCCGGUUGGCCCAAGUGACAGAGACGCUGCAGCGGCAGGAGGUCAGGUGCCCGGUCAAACUCCGGUUGUCGAGGCUGCUCCGGAAACGCCCCGCAGUGCGGACGAGUUGCGAGAGCUGGUGCUGGUGCGGGACGGCAUCAAAUACGCCAGGGUGGCAGCAGCGCCGGACGAGACUCUUCGACAGCCUGUCUGCGGAGAAAGAGCCAGCUCAGCGCCGAGCACGUCGGGCCGGCCCGCCUCCGCGGCCGCACGCAUGCGGCACUCGUACAGCGCGGGCCUUCCCCGACCUUGGACCCCGUCCUCAGGAGUGCGUCCCAUGUCCGCUUUUGGCUCCCGCCCCAGCACGGCCGCAGGAGGAAGGCCGGGCACCGCAGCCGGGACAAGGCCUGGGACAGCCCGGCAACGGCCCGCGAGUUUUCAGCGGGUGUCCGAGGAGGGGUCUUCUUCCGACCACGCCAGCGAGUUGACCUUCGGGACUGACCAGGUCUUUUGCGGGAACCCAGUCCAAGCCCUUCGACGGCGGAAAGCUAGCGGCGGGCAAGCGGCCCACGGCGUCUCCGCCUCUCCGCGUGACUCGAGCGGUGAAUACUCCCCGACCACUGUCGCGGGUUUGGCGCCAGGCAGUGGGGCGGUUGGGGACGACCACCGAGAGCUGCUGCAGGAGCUGGCGGAGGUCAAGGCCAAGUCGGCAGAGGAAGGGGACGCACUGCUGGAAAGUAGAAGGGGAGAAGAAGAAGCCCAAAGGGCCGACGUCCUUGUAGUCGAACACGCUGCUCCACCAAACAAGACCAGGGGCGAAGGGCGAACAAAAUCGCAACUGCCAACUCGAGGGGAGCAGGGUAAAGUUGGCGGACCUAGGAGUCGCAUGUCGUCCGGUUCAGAAGAGGACACGCGGCCUGUGCGCGGGCAGACCAGUAGCCAACGCACCCCACUGCUCGUCAGCAAGUCGAGUGGAAACGGAGGGAAAGCGGACGCCAACAAACCGGCACAGGCGGCCCGGAGCCGAGCACAAGCGCGCUCACCCGAGCCAGUGAGUGUGGGGAGGUUGCGGCCGCGGGACAGACUGUCGGCUCAAACGUGCGUCGUUGGGUCGUGACACGAAAGGGCUGCCUGAUAACAGCUAGCUUGACUUGGUG